AUGGUCCCUUGGGCCUUUGGCGUGCCUCUCGUCCUCGUUUCUGCUCUGGGUCUUCUCCUCAACAGUUACGUUCUCCUCGUGGUUCUCGGGCUUGGCAAACAGACGCAGCAGCAACAGACCGCCAAUACUUUGUUGCUGAUACACUUGGGCGCAGUGGAGGCGGCUGUGUGUCUGAUAUUACUGAUCUUUACCACUGGUUCCUGGCCCAUCGCCGGCACCUGGUGCGUUCUCCACGGUUUCCUCUUGGCUCUCCUACAUCCGGUCGCCCUUUGGACCGUAACUGGAUUGAACUGUGACAGAUAUUACGCGAUCGCCGCACCGCUACAUUACUCCGCAUUGGUCUCGCCACGACGCGUUGCGGUUGGCCUGGCUGCAUCUUGGACAGGGGCUUUGCUCCUGUGCGUAUUACCCUUUUGGGGCCUGGUCCCGCCGUACAGAUACAGUCCAGGGCUGGGCUGCUGCGCGCCGGAUUUUGGCAACGACUCGUGGGGCUUGGCUGCCGCACUUUACGGGGCAGUUUACGCUAUCCUGGGCCUGGCGUUGCCCGCGGUCCUCGUAACCGUGUGCAAUUUGCGUGUGCUCGGGAUCGCCCGUUAUCACCGGCACCGCAUCGCCAGCGCAAUUUACGAAGUCACCUUGAGUGCUCAGGUGACCAUCACCCAUCAAAGGAAUCCGUUUUUCGUGCCGACUGUCACGGCGCCCUCUGCUGUCAGCCCGCCACGCUUCCACAGCGCGGCCAGGACGGUAAUGCAACUGGUUGGUUCUCUGUAUUUACUUUAUUUCCCGUAUUGCGGUCUGAUUCUUUGGGAAGUUUGCGACGUCGGCAAUCAGCCACACCUCUACGAUCACCCGAAACUCGCCUCGUUGGCCUCCCUACUGCUCGCCUGUUCACCACCCAUCAACGGCCUCCUCUACGGCCUGAAAUCGCAGACCCUGAGACGAUCGGUGCAAAACUACUGGCGGAAAAAGGCGACGAAGUCCGAACUCCAACAAGAGAUCCAAGCGAGAACGCCGAGUGCAGCAGGAUCGCGAAGACCGUCCGGAAGUGGAACUGGUUCUUUUUUCCCGUUCCCGCCGUUACAACGAAGGCUUAGCGAAGCGUUGUUGGCGCUGGGUUCCUGCAGAACCGGGAACAGUUUCGAAGGCAAUAAUCUUGGCUUUCAUCGAAACAGAUUGCAACCUGCUGCCUCGUGUAAUACACUACGAGUGCCGACUUCCGAAUCAGGUGAAAGCAGUAAACUAGUGAGAUCGAGCGCGAGUGCAGCCAGUCUGAUGGGUCCACAUUACAGAAGUGAUUUCAUAGGAGCGGAUGUGAGCGCUGGUUGUUCAAUAGCAAUGAACGAAACGCCAAGGAGAAGUCCAAGGAUCCUCAUAACGCGAGCGUGUAGCGAGGAGAGCCAAGAUAGCGGAAGUCCGUUACUGAGGAAAACUUUUCUAGCUCCUCAGGCGGACAGGGAACGAAGAUGGCGGCACUGCAGCACCGGAAGCGAGAGCAGCACUGGAAGCAGCGAGGCGAGCGUAUGGACGACGGGCGUCGCUCAGAAGAUCGCCAAGGCCAAUGCAAAAAGCGCGUCGGACAUGUGGCCAGCAUCGAGGAGAUUUGGCCGGGGAAAAAAUUUGGAGGAAGGGGCGCUUCUGGUUGGCGCCAGACCGAGCAAUAACAGCGAGAGCAGCGAUACCACGGACACCACAGCGACCACCACUACGACCACGCUGCCCACCAAACCAGCCGCCAUGGAGAACGGAGGCUAUCGCGAGAAGGAGAAAGAAGAAAUGAACGGUGACAAAAAGGGGAGAGAACGUAGCGAAAGUGACAACAGUUGGAGCAGCGUCGACGAGAUCGAGUCGAAGGAAAUGGCGGACAAGAGCAUGGAGGAGGAGGAUCCCGAGAAGAUCGAGGAGGAGGCAGAGAUAGAAAAGUGCAAGCAAUUAAGGCGGAAAUCGAAAACGAUUCGCAAACCGGACGUUCCUCAGGAUUGCAAGGAGGCAUCGCAACGCAGGCCUCUCCUCACCUCGUCAUCCUAA